UCUGGCGGCACGCCCGGCAGUGACGGCGCAAUACAAGGUGUGGCGAGGGUCUCAGUAGAGAGCUUACCAUGUCGGUGGAGAAGCUGGAGUAUCACAGGGCGUCCAAUGCCGUUGUUUUUGGCGGGGUACUCACGUACGUGGCUGGAGUAUUCCUAGUGAUGGCAUUCACAAGUCCAUAUUGGAUCGAGUCAUAUCAGGAGACCUUCAGCAACUUCAAGCACAUGGGCCUCUGGGAGUAUUGCUUCGAGCAAUUCCGUUACCCGUCUUAUCAGUUCGACAAGCAGUUCGACGGUUGUCACCACAUCUUCUCGCAGGAGUACUACGUCAUACGGGAGUGGCUGUUACCAGGAUGGCUCAUGGUCGUGCAAGCAUUCACCACACUGGCCUUGUUGCUGUCAUUCUUCGCGCAAAUCACGAUUGUCAUGGUCCUCAUUCGCUGGCCGUUGACGCUCGUUCUGCGUUACGAGUGGAUCUUCUCGUCCAUCGCCUUCAUGUGCGACGCUCUUGCUGGCGCCCUGCUCUUCCUGGCGGUGUCGAUAUUUGGCGGACAGUGCUGGCGUCGCGACUGGCUGAUGUAUCCGAACUUCAACCACCUGUCGUGGUCGUACGGUCUCGCGGUAAUAUCCUUCAUGUUCCACACUUUCGGCGCGUUCUUCGUCUAUCUGGACGCGCGGACGGGCUACCGGCUGCGCAAAGAAUCGCGCAACCUCGUCAUGCAGAUGCAACCGCAGUCUCACCAGAUACCUCGAAGCGGAUACGUCUAAAUCGCGUGUCCCCGCGGAGACGAGGCGACCUCGCCGAUUCCGAUCUUUCAGCUCCGUCGAGCGAGCGAAAGAUAGACAGAGAGCCUUCUCUCUCUUUCUCGGAAGAGAGACACAAGCACGAGUUUGAUCCGUCCAAUUUGAUCUUGCUAAUUUUUCUACAAAGAACCUCACGAGGAAGACGAAGACGCGACGAGGAAUCUCGUCGCGAUUUCAACGUGCGUUACUGAGAUUAUCGUUCUUUUUUUAUUCGGGUACGUUUUCUCUCUCUCUUUUUUUUACGCUGAUUUAUUUACACCAAACUCACUCGUCGAUCCGUCCACAUUUGUUACGUCCGGCUAUUUAGACGAUGCGUAAUUUAUAAUAUAUAUUCUAUGAAGAAUUUAUACAUCACACGCGUCGAUAUACGUGUAUACUAAUAGAAGUAUUGUAAAGGAAACUGUAAAAUAGAGUUAAUGUCGUAUCAUCUGUGAA